AUGAAGUCGUUGCUCUGCAUUGUUAGCCUCAUCUGUUUUCUAUCAGCUGCUCACUCUAGAAUCUCCGGCAUUUACACCGGCGGCACAUGGAAGACAGCCCACGCCACCUUCUACGGCGGCCAAGACGCUUCCGGCACAAUGGGUGGUGCUUGUGGUUAUGGGAAUUUGUACAGCCAAGGCUACGGCUUGAACACGGCAGCACUAAGCACGGCUCUAUUCAACGACGGCUUCAGUUGCGGAUCCUGCUUUGAAAUAAAAUGCGAUGCGCCGGAGGACCCCAAGUGGUGUAAACUCGGGAGUCCUUCAAUUUUUGUUACCGCCACCAAUUUCUGCCCACCAAAUUACGCAUUGCCCAGUGACGACGGCGGAUGGUGCAACCCCCCUAGGCCCCACUUCGAUCUCUCCAUGCCCAUGUUUCUCCAUAUCGCCGAGUACAGAGCCGGCAUCGUGCCUGUCAACUUUCGCCGGGUACCAUGCAAAAAACAAGGGGGAAUAAGAUUCACAAUAAACGGGAAUAGUUACUUCAACCUGGUUCUGAUUACCAACGUCGCGGGUGCAGGGAAUAUAGUGCGGGUGAGCAUCAGAGGUACAAAAACCCAAUGGAUGUCCAUGAGCCGCAACUGGGGGCAAAACUGGCAAACCGGUUCAGUUCUUGUGGGCCAGGCUUUGUCAUUUAGAGUCACAGGCAGUGACGGACGCACGUCAACCUCAAGGAACGUGGCACCAGCUGAUUGGCAGUUUGGACAAACCUUCUUGGGCAAGGGUUUAGGAAAAUUGUAG